AUGGCCUCAGUUGCUCAACCGCCCCAGAAAUUGGGAGACCUUGUGCAACACCUCGUUGAACAGCAUCGCACCGACAUUCACGUUGACUCAGACACCCAACAUCCUCAAACCCCUCCAAUCCCAAACGCAAGCCACUUCACCCGCAGUUCUGGCGACUCCCAUCAUGGAUGGAGGCUUCCAGCUGAACAAAGGACUCCGCCACCUAACACACCAUCUGGGCGAACUGGUCCUCCGCGUUCUAUCACCGGCAACUAUUCAUUCGCAGCAUCCAAUAUUGUUGGCAGCGAAUCCAGGGAUGACUCUGCGCAGAGACGCGGCAAAUCUCUCCUCUCUCUUGCUCAGAUCCGGAGCGGUGAAGCUUCGGAUUUUACUACUGCUACCACAUCAUUCCGAGGGGCACUCGAGUACGCGGACCCGGUGCAGAGAGAACGGGAAAGAGAGCUUGCGGAGAAGAAGGCUAGAAGACGAGACAGCGUGUUUCAAGAUUCUCUAAAUUUCAGGAGAUGGAUAUCUGACUCGCCAAAGGAGGAUUCCCCUCCUAUCAGUUUGGAGAACGCGUCGACUCACGCCAACGAUGAAGAUAUUGCUCAACAGACUCCGCAACAAGACUCUGGCACGUCUCGUAUCCAAGUGAGCCGUACGCUCUCAACGCAUAUUCAAGACGAAGCGCGACGUAGUGCCGCUCCCAAGUGGGGCCGCUUACGUUCCCUGCUACCACAUAUCACUGGCCACUACAAGGGUGCUGAGAAAGCACCAUCUACUGUCGUUCCUUAUUCUGUGAAUAUCACAGACGAGUUGAUCACCGGCGGCUUGUCUACGCUGAUGCUACGUCUGUGGUUCGAGCGAGACGAAAAGGAUCAUCGAAGAGUCCCCAUUAUGUUUCACCGUCUUCGAAUUCGCGUCAGCGACAGUCUUCACCCCCUGCAUGGUCACAAGGCUGUAUUCCGGAUCGAAUGCGAAUACGCUAAUGGCGCUGUGCGCUGGGUAGUAUAUCGCCAAUUGCGCGAGUUCCUGUCGUUGCACACCCAUUAUGCACUGUCCAAUGCAUAUAAUCGAAAUGUAGAGACUUUGCCCGAGUUUCCUCUCACAAGUCUUCCCUACUUCAAGUUCUUGAAAGAAGGAGGGAGGGAUGUGGGACGAGCUGAUUUUGCUCGUUUACAGCGAGAAGCGCUGGAGAACUAUCUUAUUGGCCUGAUUCGCGCUGUUAUGUUCCAUCCCGCGUCCAAUCGUUUAGCAGGAUUUUUGGAGAUAAGUGCCCUAUCGAUAUCACUUGCCCAGUCUGGUGGUGCUCAGUACAAGGCGGGACUCUUAAGAAUUGACGCGGUUGGAAGCAAGGGUGGUUUUGGGCGCAAAGGUACUCCCUGGAGGGAGCGGAAGGCCCAAAAGUGGUGUUCGCUUGCUGUUUGGGACGUCUUUUUGAUCGAUUCAGAAUUCAAGAUAGAACGUCCCACGAGAUACUAUCGACAAGGUCUCAAUCUGUUUCACCAGUUCGAGGACGAUCACGAAGAGGAAGUCCAGGAUGAUGGUCGAAACAAGCAGGUUGUUCAGAAUGAUGCACGCAGUGGCCAUCUCAGCCUCGGCGUCUCUUCUCUGAGAAGUCGUAUCUCCAGGGUGUUCCAUGUCGGACAUCGUGGACAUCGCCGCAGUGACUCCCAUCAGACGACAAGUGCUCAUGCUGCAAAGGAAUCGGCCGGUCAUCAAAUGGGUUCUGCUUCUUCUCGUUCAUCUAACCUCUCCGCUGCGUAUCCCUCUGAUCGUCCGCUGACGCCUAUGCUCGACCCGUCCACGAACACCAAUCCGCUUUUGGCUCCGGAUGACGAAGCGGAGCAUGGGUAUGAUGCAACAGGAGACCAGAAGGACCAGAAGAAGCAAAGCCAGAAGGAUGUUUCCAAGCAUACUUUCUACAUUGAGAACUCACAGAUGAAGUUAAAGCUCUUCGCUCGCAAUGAGCGUCAGAUGCUGCAGUGGAUGGCAGGCUUGGAGAAAGUGGCGCGUGAAUCCCAUUAUACGGGGAAGAACAGGUUCGACAGCUUCGCUCCAAUACGAUUGAAUGUCGCCGCCCAGUGGCUAGUGGACGGUCGAGAUUAUUUCUGGAAUCUAUCUCGUGCAAUUCUGUUGGCGAAGGAGUCCAUAUAUAUCCAUGACUGGUGGUUAUCGCCUGAACUCCAGUUGCGACGUCCUAAUAAGCCCAGGUAUCGUCUAGACCACCUGUUGGAACGGAAGGCGAAGGCGGGUGUGAAGAUUUAUAUUAUCCUCUAUCAGGAGGUGUCAAAUAGAACAACCCCUACGGAUAGCAAGCGAGUUUUUUUCCUCUUUAGAUUGAAGAUCAUAGCUGAUGGCACAAAUCCUACAGCUACGCCAAACAAAGACUUACAGCUCUACAUCCGAACAUCAUCGUGCAGCGCUCACCAUCCCAUUUACAGACAGGAACAUUCUACUGGGCACAUAUGGGAUACACCACAGCAUGUCCUUGUCGAUGACCCCGACCCUGUAUCGGGAGGUUCAGAACAUAUUUGGACAGGCAAGGAUUACAGUAAUCCUCGGAUCCAAGACUUCCAUUCUCUUAACAAACCUGACGAAGACAUGUAUGAUAGGACCAAGGUUCCCAGGAUGCCCUGGCACGACGUUUCAAUGCAACUCGUCGGACAACCUGCUCGUGAUCUGUGUCGUCAUUUUGUUCAGAGGUGGAACCAUCUCUUAAGAAUCAAGAACCACUCCCGCAUUAUGCCGUUUCUUCUGCCCCCUCCGGAGUUUAGACCGGGGGAGCUCCAGCAGUUGGGAUUAACUGGCACAUGCGAGCUGCAGAUAUGUCGAUCUGCCGGUCCAUGGUCUCUUGGCACACCUGAUCGAAUCGAACAUUCUAUUCAAAACGCGUAUUUGAAGGCUAUUCAAAUGUCCGAACAUUUUGUUUAUAUUGAAAAUCAGUUCUUCAUCACGUCGACCGUUGUGAACGAGGUCAAGAUUGAGAACAGAAUAGGAGAUGCCCUUGUUCAUCGUAUCAUCCGUGCACACCGCGAGUGUACUCCAUGGAAAUGCUGCAUCUUGAUACCGCUUCUUCCCGGGUUCAGUUUUCCUGUCGACCACAGUGAUGCGAGUGCGAUACGCAUCAUCAUGGAGUGCCAAAAUCGUACUAUCUGUCGCGGACCCAACUCUAUAUUUGGCCGACUUAGAAAGGAGGGUAUCGACCCCGACGAGUAUAUCGCUGUCUUUUCUUUACGUAACUGGGCAAAGAUGAGAGGAGACGUUCUGACCACAGAAGAGGUGUACAUACAUGGCAAGGUCUGUAUUGUCGAUGAUCGCCUUGCCAUAAUUGGUAGCGCAAAUAUCAACGAACGCUCUCAAAGAGGAGAUAGAGAUUCCGAGAUAGCAGCUGUGGUUCGGGAUACGGACAUGAUCGACUGUACUAUGGCCGGUAAGCCAUUCAAAGUCGGUCGCUUCGCGCAUACCCUCCGAGUGCGCCUGAUGAGGGAGCACAUUGGCGUGGACGUGGAUGCCAUGUAUGAAGAUGAUCUUAUGGCGUGUGAACCGGUGAAGCCGCCGUAUGAACAACAGGAAUGGGAUCCUGAUGUUGAACAAGAGUAUGGCAAGGAGAGUGGUGUGACUCAUUUGGGGAAAGGUGAACGGCGGACUGCGGUUAGAAACCUCUUGCAUGAUACAAUUGACGAACUAGAACAGACUAUUCACGGAACUGGAGAUACUGAACCGAAAGACAUCGCGGCUACAUUGCAGAAGACUAGCGUUAACUCUAAAGGACUUGACAAUACUGCUGGUGAAAGGAGCCUCCGCGAAGAGCCGCAGAUGUUCAGCCGAGAUGGAGGCAGGGUGCUUGGAUUUCCCAGCGCAAUUGUCCCGACGGUGGAAGAGAAGAUAGAGGUUGGUUCUUCACAGUCACAGUUCCAAAAUGGGGACGGUCACCAGUUGACCGACCGGGGACACCAGGAUUAUCCCCCCGAAGCGCGAUUACAAAAUGGUGAACUGUAUGGAGCUCCCGCCGCUCCGGAUACUCAGCGCGACACUGAGCAGCAACAAGCACAGGAGGUUAAGGGCGAUGCUGACGAGGAGGAACAGAAAGCCCUAGGAGCUCGUGCAACGUUGCGGAGACAUCAAGCUGCCAGAUUGGGUUCUAAGCCUUGGUCGUUACCUACAUCUGCUCCACGUGUAGACCCGCACGGAUUUGAGGACCCUAUCUGUGACACGUUCUGGAAGAACGUGUGGUUGGCGUGUGCAGUGCAUAACACUGAAAUUUACCGCAAAGUGUUCCAUGCCGUCCCUGACGAUCUCGUCACGACAUGGAAGCUGUACAAGGAGUUUGUUAUACAUCAUGAGCGGUUGAACAAACCAGUCAAGGAGCACCACACUGCUGAACCGCUUGCUCGGUUGCCUUCUGAAACUGCAGACGAAGAGAUGCUCGGUCAGCCACAUACUGUAGAAAAUACAGUGCAUGCGGAAGAUGCUGUUUCAAACAGAGUUAGGAAAGAGGGCUGUGAUCAGACAGACCAUCAUCUCUCGUCGAGCCCGCAUCCUCCCACUCCUCCGCCUCCCGUGGGGGCUGCUGAGAAGGAAGCGCGCGAACGCAAGACUACCAAAGGUACUGAACCGUUUGACCAGACUGAUCAAGAGGAAAUGGAACAGUUGUUGGGAGAGCUUCGUGGACAUCUGGUGCUAUAUCCGACUCGUUUCUUGGAAGGCGAGGACGCCGCCAACAACUUCAUCUUCAAUGCUGAUAGAUUAUUGCCUUUACCUAUCUACGAUUGA